AUGUUUAGGAUUAUUGUUUUUUUGUUGGCGGUGUCGGCCACCUCAAGCCAGGUCCCCUACGACUACUACCACGUGCUGCACCUCCCCCACUCCCCGCCCCUCCACCCGGUGUUGCACACAGCGCCAUCUACCGACUUCACGUGUCGCGGCCGUCAGAGAGGGUACUACGCUGAUGUGCAUACUGGAUGUCAGGCGUACCAUUUCUGCUGGCGUCAGCAUCUAGUCAGCACUGACCUCUGUGCCAACGGAACCCUCUUCAAUGAGCAAUUUCAAGUAUGUGAUCAUUUCUACAAUGUACGCUGCGGAUCUCCUUAUGAAGAUUUAUGAAUCUAAUAUGCUAUUUAACAAAAUGAUGUACAU